AUGAAGAUAGAGAAGCAGCUCCAAGCCUCUCAAAGAGCUGAGUUGUUUGCAGGCGAGAAAAUCCGACGGCUCUCCGAGCUUUUGGAUUCCGCUCGGGAAACAGAAAUCAUCGCUAGGAAGGAAAACAAUAUUCUCACUUCUAAUAUCGCAACACUCCAAACCGGGAUACAGACUCUCACAGAUGACGACAUCAAGAAGGAGAUGACUGUGCUUUAUCAUGAGCUAGAGCAGUGGGUCGUCAAAUACUGUGAGACUCAUUUUCCUCAUCAACCCGAAGACGGUUCUGCUAGAUGCAAAAGUCAACAGGUGGCAGCGAUCCAGUCUGAAAUCUCCAUUUUGAUACUACGAAACUUCUGGACUGCCACGUUCGUCGGCUGUGGGGUACAAGGUGACCAAUAUGUGGCCCAAAUGACUGAGGUGAUAAUGGACCAAUGCCCAAAUCACGUUGCACAGCAUUGGCGGUAUGCUAUGAGCAUCGGUGCGAUCGAUUUGGGGAGAUCAAAUUUGCAGUCCCAGUGCCAUAAUAUAACCCGCUGGGUCGGAGAUACUGCAGGUUUUCCUUUAGCUGAAAGGGAACGGCAGAUAACUCAACUUGACAGUCUUCUGGGAAGAUGUAUCACUCUCAAACACAGAAUCGAAUACCAGAUGGACAGCUACCUAUUUUGGGUCAGUGUUUCGGGUGUUCCUUUCCGAGAGGAGAGUAUGAGUGACCCCUUGAAGGACAGCCCUGUUGACCAAGUCGUUGAAUGCAGCCUAUGGCCAGCGAUUCGGAAGGUCUUGGGCCCUGGGAACUGGGAAAUAAUCGCGAAGGAAGUUGUCAGGACGAUUCCUCUGGAACCUCCACGGGUUGCAAUUGAAAGCCAGAACUCAGAAUGGGAGAGUAGCUGCACUAUCUAG